CCCUGUCUAGAUGGCAGCCAGUUUCACCAAUGCACACUCUUGGCAGCAGAUGGAUGGUACUCACAACAUGACCUCUUGUCGGACUCCUGGAUCGAGAGGCCCUGCUGUGGGCCCAUGUGUGUGUGCAUCACCGUGGAGCAGAACAGUACAACCAAUCAUUCUUCUGGCAGUAAGCCUGCAGAAAGAAGCCCUCCAGCUGGAUGCAUACCAGACCCUUGGCCACUCAGGACAGACUUCCACUGGGUUCCUGGCUCUGACUGUACCUUUGAUGGCUCUCCAUGACUACUAGACUGCUUGUUUGGCUCAGCUGGGUGAUUAUAUGUCUUCCACUUUGAACACUAUUAGGACAAUCUCAGCUCUGUCUGUGAGAGCCUCAGUUGACUGAUAGGCCUGGCUUGGGCCUGGGCCACCCCCUACUGCUGUAGUACCUUGCCUGAUGAUUAUGAACUCUUCUGCCGGGAUCUCGAAGAAGUUAUUCAAAACAGUUUUGUUGAGUACCAUGGCACUGUCUCCUGCCUUCCCUCAAGCCAGCCACCAGUGGCCCCACGUCUGCCCACAGUAGGGCAGUACUUAGGUGUUCUCAGAGCCCUCGCACACUCACUAUGAGUACUCCCCCAAAGCCUGCCUUAGCUGCUCCCCCCAAACCCUGCUAGGUUGAGGUCUAACCCUAUAUCCAGAAGUGCCUGGUCUCAGCAGCAUCUGGCCAAGGAGAGCUCCCCUGGACCCUGAGAGUCCCCGACCCAGUCUGGUUUUACAUUUUGUCCUUAUGUUAAUGCUGUGAGGCUGACUUGCCUCCUGUCUAAAGGAGGCAGCCCCCAAACUUGUCUCAGCACCCUUAAAACUGGUUAACUCUUCGUGGAAGCUCGAAUCACUUUAUCUGGGGAACUCAGAACCUCAGAAAACAAGAGAAGAGUUCUAAAACAGAGAGUUGUAUCUGGGUACCCCACGGUGGGUGAAAAGUGUCCCAGAGAUCCCACAAGAGCUGCCCUGUGUUCUGAACACCCUCUGGAUGUGUAGCAGGGCCCUGUGAGAUGAGGUGCCGUGCAUAGUGAGGGAGCCCCCAGCUCCCAGACAGGACAGUGCCAUGCACAGAUGACUCCACCUACCCCAUGGUGGAUAGCUAGACAGAAAAGCACAUGAGCUCUUCCUGUUUCUACUGGGAUGUGGAUCUGUGCUGGGCUCCUAGCUUAGUUCCUACCCCACACUAGAAGUGCUGUUCCACCUGGCCACCAUCGGAUUCUUGAUCAGUGUCCAGAUGCUGCCCCCACAUAGAACCUUGGUGUUUCUCCACCUGUGCUCUGUGCUCUGUGACUUCUCAUGUUAGGCUACAAUGGAAAGAAGGCUGCUUGAAGGAAGCAGCUGUUCUUUUUUAAAUAUUUUGCUUGGUUGGUUUUUUUUUUUUUUUUUUGAGACAAUGUUUCACUGUAGUCUUGUCUGGCUUGGAACUUGAUAUAUACUGAUAUAUACCAGGCUGGCAUUGAACUCAACCCCCCUGCCUCUGCCUUCUGAGUACAGGGACUAAAUCUUUUUCUUUUUUUUAAAAUGGUAUAUCUAUGGAGUAUAGUAUAAUUGGAUAUAAUGAUGUAUAAUGAUCCAAUCUGGUGAUUACCAUUUCCUUUUCAUAAAUGUUGAUAAUUUCUUUGUAUAGGAUUGCAUUUACACUCCUCUCAUGGUUCCUUAUAAAAGAUGAAAUAUAUUAUUGCCAACUCUU